AUGGCGCGCUUUUCUCGUUCUCUGAAGCUUGCGCUACUCGGACUCGCUUUUGUUGUUGUUGGGACAGUAGGUGUGGUGGUAGAUGCCGUCAACCAUGUCCGUUCAACCAGCACGCCAUCGCUGAACUUCGAAACGUUCACAUCUGAAGCGCAGCCUGACGUAGGAUUGCGCUUCAUUCGCAACUCUGGCGUGUGCGAAACAACACCUGGAGUCGAUCAACUCUCUGGUUACAUCGACUUCGGUGCAAAUAUGUCAAUGUGGUUCUGGUUCUUCGAAUCCAGACACGAACCUGAAACUGCGCCGUUUACGCUAUGGCUCAACGGUGGCCCCGGGUGCUCGUCUAUGAUAGGACUGUUCCAAGAACAUGGUCCUUGCCACGUCCUUGAGGAUGGAGAAACUACCGUCCUUAACCCGUUCAGUUGGAACAAUAUUACCAAUAUCAUUUACGUUGACCAGCCCAUUGGAACGGGUUUUUCCCACGGAACUAUUGAUGUCAAUAGCACCUUUGCGUCCGCACCAGCCUUCUGGUCUGCGUUCCAAGUGUUACUGGAGAGUCAAGAAUUUGCGAAAUACGAGAGUCGCGAGUUCAUCUUUGCCACGGAGAGCUAUGGCGGUCACUAUGGUCCCGAAUUUGUGACUUUCUUUGACGAGCAGAACACGAAGAUCGACCAAGGUUCCGUGAACGGUGAGAAGAUCAACGUCAGCAGACUGAUGAUCAACAACGGCUGGUACGAUCCAUUGCUGCAGAAUGAGGCGUACGUUACCUUUGCGACCAACGCCCCAGGUUACGGCCAGCUACAAAACGAUUCGGUCAUAGCUGCAUUGAACCAGGCGUUCUUCGGUUCUGGAGGAUGCCAAGAACAGGAGUUGGCGUGCUACGCUGCUGGAAACGGGACCAAUAGCAAUGAAGUCUGCAUGCAGGCCGAUAACUUCUGCAUUGACAACGUUUUCGUCCCUGCUGUUGGAGAUCGAGACUCGGAUGACCUUCGCCAGAAUUCAUCCGCUCUCUUCCCCUCAGAGUCCUACGUGACCUUCCUUCGUAACGCGACGAUCAUGGAGCUCAUUGGCGCAGAGACGCGAUACACCGAAUGUUCGAACCCUGUUGACAUUCAGUUCUCGAAGACGGGCGACGAUGCGCGAACACUCCUGCCACAGCUGGGCGCACUCGUUAGCUCUGGCUUGAAGACGCUGAUAUGGGCUGGUGAUGCUGACAUUAAUUGCAACUGGCUCGGCGGACAUGCAUCGGUACUAGCCAUGGACUGGUUUGGCAACGAGACGCUGCAUCGCACCCCGUUCACGAACAUCACGAUUCGCGGGCAGCCAGUCGCCGCGGUCCAGAAUGUCGAUAGCUUCUCCUUCGCGAGGGUGUAUCAGGCUGGACAUGAGAUUCCUGCCUUCCAGCCCGAAGCGGCCUUCGAAAUAUUUUCGCAAGUUGUCAGAGGAGAACAGCUUCACUCUGUUUCUUAG